AUGGAUGUGACGCUUAAGCUGCUCAUAACCUUUUGCAAAACCAUUGCUGCUGGAGUCCAGCGAAAUGCUGUGUGGGUGGGGCACAGAUCCAGUAAUUUAAAAAGCAAAGGAGGGAAAGGGCUUGGAAAGGGAGGCGCGAAGCGCCACCGCAAGGUUCUGCGCGACAACAUCCAGGGUAUCACUAAGCCCGCGAUUCGCCGUCUGGCUCGCCGUGGCGGAGUCAAGCGGAUCUCUGGUCUCAUCUACGAGGAGACCCGUGGAGUGCUUAAGGUCUUCCUGGAGAACGUGAUUCGUGACGCCGUCACCUACACCGAGCACGCCAAGAGGAAGACCGUGACCGCCAUGGAUGUGGUUUACGCUCUCAAGAGGCAGGGCCGCACUCUGUACGGCUUCGGAGGUUAA